AAGCAGUUCAGCGCGACAACCUCCAGAAGCAUCGCGCAAUACAUCUAUAGCGACCGCACCAGCGCGUCCGACUUCCUCGUCAACGAGAGGGACUGCAACUAGUACAGCGUCUGGCGCACCACUUCCAGGUGGAGGAGCCUCUACCGCUGCACCGAGCGGC